UUCCAAUCCCCUCCAUAUCAUGUGAUUCAGGUGUUCCAAUCCCCUCCAUAUCAUGUGAUUCAGGUGUUCCAAUCCCCUCCAUGGACACAGGUGUAUACAAUCAAGCCCCUAGGCAUGCAGACGGCUUCUACAAACAUUGGUGAAAGAAUGGGUCGCUCUCAGGAGCUCAGUGACUCCAAGCGUGGUCCCGUGAUAGGUGGCCACCUGGGCAAUAAGUCCAUCCGUGACAUUUCCUGGCUACUAAAUAUUCCACGCUCAACUGUUAGUGGGAUUAUAACAAAGUGGAAGCACUGGGAACAACAGCCACUCAGCCACCAAGUGAUAGGCCACGUCACAUGACAGGGCGGGGUCAGCGCAUGCUGAAGAGCACAGUGCGCAGAAGUUGCCAACUGUCUGCAGAGUCAAUAGCUAAAGACCUCCAAACUUGGUGUGGCCUUCAGAUGAGCCCAACAACAGUGCAUAGAGAGCUUCAUGGAAUGGGUUUCCAUGGGCCGAGCAGCUGCAUCCAAG